ACUUGCAACAACUCUUUUCAACGAUCCCUUGGUCAACAACAAAACAAGCCGAACUACAGAAAAAUGAUAUAGAAAAGCAACAAAGUAGACACCUAGAUAUUCCUAGUCAAGCUUUUAGUAGACUCCUUCGCACUUUCAAUAUCCAAACCAAAAGAAUAUUUUGGAAGCAACAUCCCU